AUGGAGUUGUGUUCAGACAGUCUUCAGACAAUUCUCGAUAAAAAACACAAAGCCUUCGGUCGAGAAUUGGGUCAACCCAUGGGUAUAGUAGAGGCUUACAUCUCGUGCCAUAUAUUCAAAGAGAUCCUAAAAUGUGUGCAAUAUUUGCACGGAUUGACACCACCGGUCACUCACGGGGAUUUAUACCCUGCUAAUAUCCUAAUAAGUCCAGGAGUUGGUUACACUUGCUAUUACAGUCGUUGCAACGGCAGUCAUUUUAAAAUAUGUGACUUCGGGUUGACUACUAUUCGCCAACACAAGUCCAGUAGAUUGGGUAAUGACAACUACCAGGCCCCAGAGGUUGGCCGUGGUGAGUUUCAUAAUCAUAAAGCGGACCUGUUUAGUAUCUACAAAAUUGGUGAACAGUUAUUUGAUGUGGACUUAUCAUGUUUGAAAACGGAUGCUUCACUAUCGUAUUCAUCGGAUAACGAAUUGGUGAACAAAUGUAUGUAUUGCAAUCCAUGUCGUACUACAACUGGGACCACCCGAAAAACCCCGAUACCCUUCACUGGAAAGACAGACGUGAAUGCAGUGAAGUGUUGGAGACUUACAAAGAGUGGACACUUUGCAACCAAUGUCUGCUAUCGGGUCCAUAUGUCUUCGAUGCAAUAA